UGUAGAAAACACGGAGACAACACGGUCCGACUGAGUAUUUAUUUAUUCCUAUUUAAUUUCUGCUUUAAAAACAGGAUUUCAAAGAUAUAUGAAUUAUAUUGAAAUAGCUUAUUAUGUGCCCUAUUUCAUGCAAAGUGAAUUAUGUACUCAAGUAGUUAUCUGAGGGGUUCUACGCGUUGAAAAAUGGCCCAAUAACUUUUAGAAGGACAAACCAGCACGAACAACACAGGAAUAACUUGGAUAUAACAUACUUACGGUAGAGUGCGAUGCUUUCAAAGAAGGAGAAAGAACUACUUGUCAUAAUAUGGGACAAAAUGCUUCCAAUAGCGGAUGAUAUUGGUUCUGAGGCUCUCUUGAGAAUGUUUACGACAUUUCCGAAGACCAAAACAUAUUUUGCUCACCUGGACAUCACCCCCAGAUCCAAACAGAUGCUUUCUCACGGAAAGAAGAUUGUGCAUGCCUUACAUGAGGGAGCGAAAAACAUCAACACACUUGCUACAACGCUGGCUCCUCUCAGUAGGUUCCAUGCCUACCAGCUGAGAAUAGAUCCAUCUAAUUUCAAGCUUCUAUCUCACUGCAUCCUGGUAACGCUGGCAUGUCGAAUGAAAGAUGACUUCACCCCAAUUGCACAUGCUGCCAUGGACAAGUUUCUAUCGGCAUUUGCAGCUGUGCUGGCGGAAAAGUACAGAUAAGGAUGUCGCAUAUGGAAAUCAGAGGUGUAAACGUCCGGCCUCAGAAAGUAUAAGUCCUGUCACGUAUUUGUUCAAAACAUUAACAAAAUCAGAUUAUUGUAGCAUAACUCCUCAGCCAUGUAGGUCAGUUGGGAGGUGUAAUUAGUGAAAUCACCUGUGUUAAGUGAACAGGUAGAACCAAUACAUGAUAUAGGACUUUUACUUUCUGGCUCUGGAGAUUUACACCUCUGUUGGAAAUGCACUGGACUGCUUUUUACUUCCAAUCUGAAAAAUGUGCUGGCAAUUUUUGUAAUAAAAUAUUUCGAAAGAG